UAAAAGUAAAGAAGAGAAGCAAAAAAGGAUCAAAAUGGAAAGUAAGGAAAGAUGAAGAAGAGUGUCCAUAAGCCUUUUAGGCAAUGUAAAUAUGCAAAAUUGUAGUUGACCCGAUGUUGUGAUAUUUUGAAAUGAAAUACUGGACCAGAUAAUUGCCAUUUCUUCUUUUUCUUUUUCUUUUUUCAUCAUAUCAUAAUUUUUCACCUUCAUUACCCUCAUCACUGUCAGCCUCUCCAGCCAUUCAAAUAAUGUUUAGUUGGUUUUGAUUUGCAUUUUAAUCAUCAAAAUUUGGAAUCAUCGGCAAUAUAUGAUAAAUUAUUUAUUUCAUUUGAUCGUAGAUGCUGAAUUGGUGGACAAUGGAAGAGUCAGAUCGUCAUUCGAGAAUGUACGACCUUCUUAACCUGGAAAUCUUUCAAUUUGUGAUCUUAUUUGGCCAACAACCAACAAUACUUUUUGCUUGCUUCCAGAUUUUCCAGCUUAUAAUUUAAAUGAAUGUUUAAUAAUGAUUCGUGAUCAAGAGGAAAGUGAGAAAUAUCUUAAAAUCGCCCAAAAGUAUUUAUUAAAUGAUGACCAGCGGAAUGCUCUUAAAUAUCUUUACAAAUCACAACAAGCUUUCCCAUCAUCUUACGUUAAAGGAAUGAUCGAUAAAGUUGAACAAUUAAUUUUGAUUUCCGAGGAAAAUGGACGAUUUGAAUCGAGACGUGAAAGGGAAAAAUGGAAAUCAGAUGAAAAAUAUUCGCAUCAAAGUGAACCUAAUUUUCAAGAAAUAAGAAGUAACCAAAAGGAAUGUAGUGAUGAUGAUGAUUCGACAAGAGAAUUCAGUCAAGCUCAACUCGAAGCUGUUGAAAAAAUAACCAGAUGUAAGGAUUAUUAUAAAAUGUUGGGAAUAACAAAGGAGACGAGUGAUCAAGAAUUAAAGAAACAGUAUCGUAAACUAGCAUUACAAUUUCAUCCCGAUAAAAAUAAAGCUCCAGGAGCAUCAGACGCAUUUAAAGCCAUAAGUAACGCAUUCGAUGUGCUUGGUGAUCCAGAGAAACGAAGAUGUUAUGAUCUACAAUGUUCAAGUGAAUUUCGAAGACCAUCCAAAACAGAUUUGUAUGAGCCUUAUGGAUAUCCAAGACGCUUUGCUGGGCAACAAAUGGGCCCAGAAGAGCUAUUUAAUGUAUUUUUUGGCAACUCUCAUGUUUAUACAGCCAACAAUCGCUGGUCAAACCGUCAAACCUCCCAAUCAUCUAGUGGAAUCAGCGUUUUCCUUCAAUUAUUACCUGUGAUCGUGUUCAUAAUUAUGUCCAUCAUGAGUUCCUUUCUUAUCCGUGAUCCAAUAUUCAGUCUAGCGCGUAGCAAUAAAUAUCCACUUUUGCGAAAAACUUCGGACCUGAAGAUUCCAUAUUUCGUUAAAGAGAACUUUGAAAGAGACUAUAAACAAAUAAUAACCAACAUUGAGCAAGAAGUUAAUCAUGACUUUACUAAAAAUUUGAGAACACGUUGCUUCAAGGAGAGGAAUCAUAAAGAAAACUUGAUUUGGAAAGCUAAAAACAUUGGAGACUCAAUAUUUGAAGAUCAAGUUCGGAAGAUGAAAACUCCAUCCUGCACAGAAUUACAAGAAUUACAAGACCGUAUUGAUAGUAAUAGUUGAUAUAACGUCUUCUCUAUCGUUGUUGAUUCCUUUCAUUGAAUGGUAUCAGGAAUUUAUAUAAAGUUAUAAAUAUGUAUCAUUUAAGAUAAUUUAUUAUUAUAGAAAUCUCGGUGAGUUCGUGAGAGUUUAAAAUUUUUAGUUUUGUUGGCAAAAAUUUGCAAAAAUUUGCGAAAACUGGUCAAGCUAUUGAGAAAAAUAAUUUCAUAAUCUAAACAUUUCAGCAGUUUUGCGAAUUAUUUCAACAAAAGUUCUAAGUUGUGACUACCCAUUUGAAAACAAAACUAAUAACAUUUGUGAAAUUUUUCAAACUCUGAUGAACUCACCGAGAAUCGCUGUAUUUAACUUUUGAUGUAUGAGCAUUUUUGUCAUGUACAGUGAAUCAGCAUUUUGUUGCGAAAGUUCACAAAUAUUCCAUUUCUUGAUGCAUAAAAAUUGUUAAACAAUUUAUCAUGUA